UGUCUCAUAGUGUCUCCGCGAAGGUUUUGGAAGGUGCAGAGACAUUACUGUCGUUGCGCGGCUUCUUCAACAUUCCUGGGGUUCCCCUAGUGGAGGUGUACAAGUGAGGGCGCUUUCCUGCAGGGGCAGCCGGUUCCUUGCCUUUAUUCAAGGCGGAGAUCUUAGCGCCCGCCGCAGGAAGUGCCCUUGCUGUUGAAUGUGGAGUGGGGGAGGAGGACGGUGCACUUAUAAUUGCUGGCACUCUUGCCUCCUUUGCUCUCUUUCCCCUUUUGGCCUCGGCGCCGCAAAUGCGCUUAUGCCUUGGCCGCUGUAUUACAUCAUGAGGUAAUAUGCUAUGUCCAGCCUCAUUCCAAGCGGUGGGUUGGGGUGGGCAUUCCUGUUCAUCUGUCAUCGACCAGGAGGCCGGCGACCCCGUCCGUAAGGCCACAUCAGCUUCCCGGACAGGGCCUCCAGUCCCCUGGCCGUUCCCCUAUCCGCCACCUGGGAACGCGCCCCAUAGAUAGCCCAACCUACGGGCAGUGGUUUUCUUGCUCUAAUCGCAACAGUAUAGUGUGAAGGAACCUUCAUUUGUUAACUGUUGAGUUCUGCUACCAAGCAGAGUACAUGGAUAUGGCUAGUCUUGCCGAAAGGUCUUGAUAAGGUCAAAGUACUCAAAAAAAACGUGAAAUGUGUAAAACACUCAAUUAGGUGCUCAAAAAAACGUGAAAUGUCGCUCAGAAGUUGUUGAAUGACGUCAACGGCGAUCCAGAUUUGCUUAAAAGGGUCAUAACUGGCGAAGACUCAUGGGUAUAUGGGUAUGACAUCGAAACUUAAGCCCAAUCGUCUCAAUGCAGGAGCCGAGGAGAGCCAAGACUGAAAAAAGCACACCAAGUUCGAUCAAAUGUCAAGGUUUUGCUCACUGUUUUUCUCGAUUACCGUGGCGAAGUGCAUCAGUUCUUGCCACAUGGUCGUACGUUCAAUAAGGAGUAUUAUCUUGAAGAUAUGCAACGCUUGCGACAAGCAAUACGAAAACAAUGUCCGGUAUUUUAGAAAAAUAAUGCCUGGCUUUUGCAUCACGAUAAUGCCUCUGCUCUCUCGUUAUUGCCUGUUCGUAUUUGUUUGGCCAAAAACACAAAAACAACACCGUAAUGAUGCCUCAGCCACCAUAUUCACCAAAUUUGGCCCCCUGUGACUUUUUCCUACUCCCAUGAUUGAAGAGAGCCACGAAAGGAUGGUUAUCUGAAGCGCAGAGAAAGCUCAAGGACAUACCAAGAAGUGCUUAUCAGAACUGCUCAGAGGAUCGGACAAAACUCUGGCACAAGUGUAUUAUAUUUGAGGGGGACUACUUUCAAGGGAAAACAGUAGAAAUUGAUGAAUGAAUAAAUAUAAUAAAAAUCCCUCUAGAAACAACUAUUAUCAUGUGAACAUCGAAUUAUACGAAAAUCACUUCCCCAUUCAGUUUCUUUAUACCAAAAACUACACUAUUCAAAACUCGCUCCAGUUUAUAGAAAUAAAUAUUUGAAAUGUUCACCUUCACUUUCUGUCAAUAACGAAGUUAUUUAUAACAUUAUGGAAUAUUUAGGACUCAAUUUCGUGGCAACACGAAAUACUUUAGAUUUCACAAAUCCCCACAAAAAAUCUAAGGGUGUCAUAUCAGUUGAUUCAACAGGCCGUUCUAAGGGACCACGUCUGCCUAUCCCGUUUCUAUAAGGAAGUUGGUAGCAUCGUCUAGACGACGAGUGAUGCCGAACUAUUGUUUUUCUCAUUGAAGCAUAUUGAAAAUGAUAUGACCUUGAUAUCUUGUUCUGUUCAAAAGUUAAGAGGCGAGGACUUUUUACUUCCACACUGUAUUUUUCUUCAUAAACUUUCAAGUAUCACUCUGAUUUCGGGGUCAUACAAGAUAUGAUAACAUUCCUCUUCUCAAAUUUUUAAUUAUUUUCAGUAGUAUCGGUUAGUUUUCAAUACAGAUACUCAACGUGCUUAAUAAGUGAAAACAUCAUUUUGCUAUCAAAACAAAGGCGCAACAAUUAUCGCAGUACGAACCAAAACUUAUAAGUAUGACUAAAAGCUAUUUGAAUUACAAUGUUCUCGUUAUUUCCACAGUUUGCCUCAUCGCGACGUCAGUUGACGUCCCUCUCAGCUGGCCAUCUCCAAUGAUCCCCAAACUUAACGGUACCCUCGACAAUCCGCUAGGCCGACCAAUCACACCAGACGAAAAUGCGUGGAUUGGAAGCUUGGUUCCCAUAGCUGCCGCCAUUGGUGCAUUUCCGUUCGGUUACCUUUCGGACAAAUUCGGAAGAAAAAUUGGAUUACUCUGCACAGCUGUCCCCCUGAUAAUCUCGUUCUUCACUUUGGCAUUUGGAACACAGAUCGAAUUCAUCUAUUUCGCAAGAAUAAUAGCUGGUUUGGCCAUGGGAUCUGGUUACGCCUUGCUGCCGAUUUAUCUGGGAGAGGUGUCCAAGGAUUCCAACAGAGGAAUGAUAUCCCAAGCCAUGAACGUAUUUUGGGCGCUAGGGAACUUCUUCAGCUACUCCACAGGACCGUUUCUAUCGUACAAGCUAUUCAACUUGUUGGCGGGAGGGAUACCUACAACCUUCUUCGUGCUGUUUCUAAUCUUAGCACCAGAGACCCCGUACUACUUGGUUUCCCAAAACAAAACUAAGGAGGCGACAAAAUCCUUGAUGUUGCUCCGAGGCGUAAAUGAAGAAGACGCGGAGAAGGAAACAAAGAUAAUAAUCCAACUCCUGGAGAAAGAGGAAAGCGGACGUUUAAGAGACUUGUGCGCAAACCCGGCAGUGAGAAAAGCGUUCGUUAUUUGUAUGGCUCUGGUACUGGCUCAGGAACUAUGCGGCUUCACAGUGAUAUUCAUCUAUUUGCAAUCCAUAUUUGAAGCCGCUCACACGAAAAUUUCGUCCGAAAUAUCUUCGCUUAUAAUCUCGGUGUUCGUGCUUUUGUCCAGUUUCGUUAAUCCGUUCUUCAUCGACAGGUCUGGAAGGAGGGUUUUAAUAAUAAUUUCUUUCUUCGGCAUGUUUGUGUCUUUAUCCGGCCUGGGAGCUUUUUUCUAUAUCAAAGACUCCACUGAACUCAGCACAGAUCCGAUAUACUGGCUACCAGUCACCAGUAUCGUUGCCUUUAUAUUCUCCUUCAACUUUGGUAUCAGCGCUGUGCCUUGGACGCUAACCUCUGAAAUGUUUCCCAACAACGUCAAACAAGUGGCUUCUACCACCAUAUCUAGCGUGAGCUGGGCGCUAUCUUUUGUUUUAACAAGGUUUUUCAACGACCUGAAUGAAUAUAUGGGACAGGCGGAAAGUUUUUGGUUGUUCGCUGCUUUCUGCUUAGUUGGUGCAAUUUUGACUGGCAUAUUUGUGCCAGAAACUAAAGGAAAAAGUUUUGGGGAAAUACAAAACAUGCUCGAAUCUGAAAGUGUGUUUCAGUUUAGAGAAAGAAAGAAGAAAUUUGGAGGUGCAGAUGCCUGAGAUGGUGAAAUCCCUCGACUGUCACUGAUAACUAAAUCUUUGAACAAGGCAGAAGGAUCUGUUGACCAGAGGGAACACAUGAAUCGUGUGAAACCCAAGUCGGGAAUGCAGAACAUCGUUUCAAAGAAGAGGUUCAACACACUAUGUGUAUCUGUAGAGUAUCAGAAAAACUGAUUCCUUUUUUUGACACUCUAGUCAUCUCCUAAUCGUGAUACAAAUACAAAGGGGUGAAAAUACAUAUACGGUCUGUUCUCGAUCUAACAAGAAGAAAUUACUAAUAGAUUGAAAGGUACAACUGAAAUUUCUGGCGCAGAAUAAACCCACACACCUGAACUGUGAUACUUUUAUUGAAUACAAAUUUCGAAAUAAAAAAAUAA